AUGUCUGGAGUUGAAUAAUAAAUCAUAUUAAGGAAUUCUGAAAGUGAAGACAGAUUAUAAGGAUUAUAAAAUGUACUGCAAAAUAGAGAGUAGUUUUUAACUAUAUUGAAGUAAAAAAAGGAAAAAUAUGACUAAAUGUCUUCGAUAGAAUUUGUAAAUUAUUACACAAUUAAUAGUUAAGUGAAGAAUUGAAAUGGAAAGAGGAUUCACGAAAAUUAAUUAGCUCAUAUAUUGAUAAUUACUUAAAGGAAAAGCCUAAUUGUAUUAUUAGGUAAUAGUCAAAUUGUUUACCUUGCCUAUUCAAAAGAUCUUCAGAAAUAGGGGGUUUUAAAAAGUCUUGGAGUAAAUGUGAUGAAUAGGAAGAUGAGAAAAGGUUUUAUGGAAAUAUCUACUUUGAUAACUAAGAUUUAUAAUUUAUGAUAAGCCAAACUCUAAAAGUACAAGAUUUUGAAUAAUUAGAAGAAUUUUAAUAGAGAAUAGAUUAGAUUAGAUUAAGAGAAAUUGAUCACUUUUAUAAUGCUAAAUUAUUUAAAAAGAUCCUCUAAUUUUAUGAUAAUGAUGAGAUUAAUUUAAUUAUAAAUUAUAACAGAAAAUAUGGAUCUUAGCUUAAUUAUUAGUACGAAGAUAUGAAUAGUGAUUAUCUUUACGGUAAAAGGUGUGAAUAUGGGUUUGAGAUUACAAAGAAGGAAAAUGUCAACUACAUCUAUAUAGGUGAGUUUUUUAAUAAUAAAUAUCAUGGUAAAGGAGUAUUGUUGUAAGAGCCUUUUUAUAAUUCAGAAGGAGAGGAAUUUUUUGCAGGGAAAAAAGAGAAGGAAUUAUUUUAUUUUUUACAUGGAAUUGAAAAAGAAGGUUAAAAUGUUGUAAAGCAAGAACAAGAUAUUGGAUAUUAUCAUGGAGAAAUGAGUGAGAAUAAAAGAAAUGGAUGUGGUAUAUUAAAAUUAAAAAAUGGAAAUUAAUAUAAAGGAUAAUGGUAAGACAAUAAAAUGCAUGGAAUGGGUCAUUUUACUUGGGGAAAUGGAGAAGAAUAUUUAGGAGAAUAUUUUUAAGGGAUAAAACAUGGAUUUGGUAGAUAUAAAUAUUAAUAAAAUAAAAUAUAUCUUGGAUAAUUCAAAGAUGGAAAAUAACAUGGAUUAGCAUUAGUAUAAAAUAGUUCUAAAUUAAAUUUAUAUACUGAAUGGCGUAAUGGAUAAUUAAUGGAAUGA